GGGCUUACAUGUACACUAACUUCCGGUUUGGCGGGUAGAGGUGAGAUUUAUCUUAUCUCUUCUACCCAACACGUGGCUAGGAUACACGGCGGAGAUCAGGCGAGCGACCUAACAAGGACGGCCCCCUCCAGCUCAUACUUCUAGUUACUCUCUGUACACAUAACGAUGAAGCUGCUGAUUCUCCUCGUGUGUGUAGCCUCUGGGAUCACAUGUGUAAGGUCACAGCCCAAGGACAACUAUGUAGAGGCCCUUCUAGACAAAUACGGCACCAAUGGUGUAGUAUCAAAAGAAGGAUUUUAUGAACUCAGCGCUAAACUAGGACUGGACCCUUCCUAUGUCGCAGACGGGAGCCACGUGUAACACAUCUAUAGAUAGCACGUGUACACGUGUGUGUUUGGGGUAUGAGGAUAUCUUCCUAACGUACUCCAGAUCGGCAGGCCUGAACAGUACCAGUUUGAGCGAUUCUCUGUCCGCCAUUGUCUACUCCGUCCAGGAUAGCCACUGCCAUCACCUGGUGGAGGAGGGAGAGGUGGAGGAGAAGGGUGAGACGCCCAGUUCAGCUGAAGCAUGGGGGUUCGGCAUUAUAUCAGCAUCCGUCAUAGUUUUUAUCUCCAACAUUGGAGUGUUCUUCAAGCCGUGUAUGAAAACUGCCGGAUUCCAGCGGAUCAUGUAUUUCUGUGUAGCUCUGGCUGUUGGGACACUUGGGGCUACAGGACUUCUAGUUCUUAUUCCAGAGUCUCUGGGUAUAGCAGGUGACGACGGUCCAGUCCCGCAAUACAAGUGGAAACUGAUCACCGCCAUUGGUGGGAUCUAUGUGUUUUAUCUUAUAGAGCGAUGUAUCAGUUGGAGAGCAAAACUCAAGAAAAAGAACAAAGAAAUCAGUUUGUCGGAAAGCGAGACAUUACAAAACAACAAUGUCCAUAGCCAUUCCCAUGGGGAUGAUGGGGGCGUGGCGACGGUGGCUUGGACCCUCCUCCUCGGUGACGCCCUACACAACUUUUCAGAUGGCCUCGCGAUGGGAGCUGCCUACACCGAGAACGUGGCUUUAGGAAUCAGUGUGUCGCUAGCAGUUCUCACCGAGGAACUGCCACACGAGCUAGGUGACAUAGCUAUUCUAUUGCAUUCCGGAAUGACAAUAAAACGGGCUUUGUUUCUCAACUUCCUGGCAGCUGUCGUGAUAUAUCUGGGACUGAUAAUAGGGAUCGUGGUGGGAGAGAAUACAGAUGCAAAUACCUAUAUAUUUGCCUUCGCUGGGGGUCUCUUCGUGUACAUAGCCCUCGCUGAUAUGAUUCCAGAGAUGAAUAAUCAGGCAAUGGACGCAGAAAAACUAGGCCAGGACAGUACUGGUAUUGUGUUUUUCCUACAGAAUCUUGGUCUUCUCGUCGGCUUCGCUAUUGUGAUUCUGAUAGCAACGUUGGGUGGUAAUAUCGCUGUAUAAGUACAGUUUUAAUGUAGGUACAGCUAUUUUAUAAAACACACCAAACAUGUAGGUACAGAUUUUGUAUAUGAAAUAUCAAAACCUUUGCCCAAAACGUCACAAAGGACUAUACAAAAAAUAUAUGUUCGGUAUAAGUUUUCUGAUGACGAAUAAUGCCACCAUGCUACUUGGACUCAUUAUUGAUGUUAUGGAGACAAAAGUGUGUGAAUUCACACACAUAAUAGGGCGCAAAUCAGUUCUACAAGAUAACAGGUGCUUUUGCUCAAUAUCUUGCUGCAGUAUUGUACAUUUUUUAUAUCGUAUAUAUAUACAUUUUGAAUAUAAGAGAUAAGUGUGUAAAUCUAGACAUGUAUACUAUGUAUGCAAAUUUAAAAGCGGUCUUCAAAGAAACAGCAACGCUCAGGGAUUUAAAGUUUGUCAAUAGAAAAAAAGUAACAGUAACCCUCAGGUAUUUAAAAACCGUCAAUAUGGCAAAGUGACAGCAACCCUCAUGGAUUUAAAGUCCGUCAAUAUGGCAAAGUGACAGCAACCCUCAGGAAUUUAAAGUCCGUCAAUGUAGCAAAGUGACAGCAACCCUCAGGGAUUUAAAGUCCGUCAAUAUGGCAAAGUAACAGUAACCCUCAGGUAUUUAAAGCCCGUCAAUAUGGCAAAGUGACAGCAACCCUCAGGGAUUUAAAGUCCGUCAAUAUGGCAAAGUGACAGCAACCCUCAGGGAUUGAAAGUCAUUUGAUAGAACAAAGUGACAGUAAACCUCAUGGAUAUAGAACUUGCCGUCCAGUUAUCUCCAAUUAUUGUACAAAAUACGGAAAUAUCGUAAAUGUCUCCCAGCAUUUAUCCUUCUUACGACAGUUUAUUAUCAUCAAACCCUUAAUACUGAGCGCAUUUGACAUUGAUGAAUUUCGCAGAUAUAACUCGCUUGCUUGGUAAAAUUAUAUAUUUUUGUACAUGUAAAAAUUAUGAUUCAAAGAUAAUCUAAUAAUACUGUAUAUCACUUAUAUUUCGCGAGAAUUCGUGAAUUCAAAUCCUUUGCGAUUUUUAGUACGAAAAUAGCAUCCUUUAAUGGCAGCUAAGCUAUCGUUUAUCCAUAUAUGAGCGGAGGCCGUGACUCUAAUAGUUCAUCAUUCGGAAAUUUAAAGUCAUUAUUAGAUCAGCUUUCGCAAAAUCAUGUAAUCACGAAUGUCUGAAGUUGUACGCUCACUAAAUAAAAUAUAAUGUUUUUUUACUGUAAAUAUUUUAUGAAUUUCAUUUCUUAAUCAUAAAGCGUAUGUAAGUGUGACCUAGUUCACGAGUAUUAAGUUUCGUCCAACCACGCCUCUUAACAUUUUGUAAUUUACACUUCUACACAUAAUAUAGGUUUAAGCUAGAAUAUAGGCUAUGUCUUAUUAUGUUCUUAGAUGAAGAACAGUAGCACAGAUACCGAUUAAUAAUGUGCUUGGUAAAUUAGUGUUAAUUUGUGUAGAGCGAAACUCCUAAACGUGAGAGGUAAAAAGGUCUUGAGUUCAGUAGAUUUUGUAUAUUGAUUAAUUCUUUUACACUUAGGUAUGUUUAAGAGAAAAUUGAAAUUCGUAAAAGAGACAUUGAAUUUUACAGUAAAUGAUUUCUCUUGUUGAUGCAAAGAUACACCAUUCAAAUUCCUGUCUUUAUAUAUUACCAUACUCGCGAAAAAUUCAAUUUAUACACUGGUCGUGGUACUUUUAUUUUGUGUUUAUAUUUACCAUGGUGCUCGCUAUUAAUACUACUAUACACGUAGUUAAAUUUCAUGGUGCUAAUAUUUUGUGGUUGUCCAAGACGGAACUAGUUCGAAGGUAGUAAUUUUCGCACAACCAUGCCUCGUGAAGAUUAUACAAUACACUUAUACAUUUCGCUGGGUGUUCAUGGGUAACUAUGGGUAUCUAUGGGGUAUAGAUGGGUAUCUAUGGGUAUCUUUGGGUAUAUAUGGGUAUUGUUUAUCAACUGACCGCGAAUAUAGCGAGAUUUAAUCCCCGCGAAUAUUACUAACCAUACAGUAUUUACAUUGUAUAUAUAUUGUACUAUUUUAUGUUUAACAUGCCAAAUCACAUCAUUCCUCUUAGUGAAUAUCAUAAAUAGCAUACAACAUUAUUAUAUACAUAUGCUGGUGUAGCCAUUUACAGAGAAUUGUGGCAUUUUCCCUUCCUUAUAUUGAAUUGGUCAUUUUUUUUUAAAUUGCAUUUUUUUUUUCUCCAAAAUGUCUAGAUAUUGAGAAAAUUAGCAUGGAAAGGCAUAGAAAUAUUUUGCAAGAGUAAAUGGUGGCGUAAAAAUCACUCGUGUCAAUUUUCAUUACAAUCGGCUCAUUAUCAUUACCGUAAAUCCUUAUAACGCUUUGCUGAAGUCCUGGCUAAAGUAUACGCCUAUAUUAAAGUUAUUUUAAAGCAGA